AUGGUGAACUGGUUUACGAUCCGCUGCGCCGUGAUCGCCUCGGUCGGCGGCUAUGCUUUUGGUGUUGAUUCCGGUAUCAUCGCGACCACCCUCGCCCAUGAAUCCUUUUAUAUCUAUAUGUUUGGACCUACGGGCUCCAAUGCUGCGCUUUUAGGCGCAAUCGUAGCUCUAUACAGUGCGGGAAAUGCACUCGGAAGCUUUUUUGUCGGUCCGUUGGCAGAUGCAAUCAGUCGACGAUGGUCCAUCUCUGUCAGUGGCCUAUUCGCCACUGUCGGAGGAAUCUUGAUGUGUGCGGCACAAGACCCUGCGAUGAUGAUCGUCGGGCGCUUCUGCGCAGGUGUUUCGGCGGGAAUCAAUCUUUCUAUCAUCCCGGUCUACAUCGCGGAAAUCUCUCCACCGGCAUCUCGCGCCCGAAUGCUUGCCAUUCUGGGAACCUCCAUCGCAAUCGGCUUCUGCAUAGUUGACUGGAUCGGCUACGGCGCCGCCUUUGCUGUGGGAAAUGCCCAGUGGAGAAUUCCCCUGGGAAUUCAGUGUGUCGGAACACUGGCAAUCGGAAUCGCCCCGAUCUUCAUUCCGUACUCUCCACGAUGGCUCGUCCAGAAAGGUCGCGUUGAAGAGGCACGUGAAGUGCUCAUGCGACUCCACUCAUCCGAGAACGAGGCUUUCAUUUUGAACGAGCUCACCAUCAUCCAACAACAGAUCGAUCUGGAGAACGAGGUCCGCCACGAAGGAAUGUUCACCCAGAUACGGGACCUGGUGAGUAAACGGUACCGCCUACGCUUCCUCAUCGCGGUUUGUGUCUUUGUUGUCACCAAUCAGCUGUCAGGCGUGUACACAAUCCAGAACUACCAGACCGACUUCUACGAUCUGGUGGGAUACACGGGGAACCAGGCUCUUCUUGUAACAGGCGUAUACGGCUUCAUGGGCGUCAUUGGCCAGAUCAUCAACAUUGCCGUAGUGGCAGAUCGCAUAGGCCGGAGAACUACAAUGUGGGUGGGAAGCUUUGGCUUAGCAAUCUGUACGGCCAUUACCAUGGCCAUGACUGCUACCGUUGGAUCGAGCACGGCCAAGGCCAACACCGCCAUUGCUUUUAUCUUCAUCUAUUCUGCCUGGUACGCGGUGUUCUUCAACACAACCAGCUCUCUGCUUGUCACCGAGAUUUUCCCCUUCCGCCUGCGGGCUCUGGGCUUCGGAGUUGCCAGCUUCUGUGGAUUCUGCGUGAAUAUCCUGCUCAGCGAAGUAUCGCCGCUUGCCUUUGACGGAAUCGGGUGGAAGUAUUACUUUGUCUUUACCAUCUCUAGUGUUCUCGGCGGGUUGUUCUACAUCUUUUUUCUUCCGGAGACCAAGGGUAUGAAUCUUGAAGAGGUGGCGGCUGUGUUUGGCGAUGUGGUGGCCACGACCUACACCAAGGAUGCUGGCGAUGAGGAGAAGGCUGACGGUCAGCAUGUGGAAAUCUUGAAGGCCUAG